AUGGGCCGCAAUGUCCUCCGAAUGGACCACUACUGCCCCUGGCUCGCCAACAGCGUUGGAUUCUACAACCAUAAAUACUUCUUCCUCUUCCUCCUCUACGUCGUCAUAGCCUGCAACACGGUCACCUGCCAAAUCCUGCACGCCCUGGCUCACGUCGCGGGGGGUUUCGCCGCCAACCCGGGUCAACUACUCUUCCUGCUGGAGGGCUUCAGCAUCUCGGGACUCCUCUCUGUCAUCGUCACGCCAUUCUUCGCUUUCCAUGCAUGGCUGAUAUCAACUAACGUCACCACAGUCGAGUACUGUGAGAAGCGCCGGGACGGUGGAGGAGGGGAGGCAGGGGAGUUAUCGAAAAACAUAGUCGCCCGAAUGCCGCAGAGGUCCCCUUAUGACGUCGGCCUCAUACGAAACUGGCAGGCUGUUAUGGGCCACAACAUAGUCACUUGGUUGCUACCGACCCGUCCUCGAGGCAUAGGUCAGGGCUUGGCGUUCGAGGUCAAUAGGGAGGCUAAAGAGGUGCUGAGGGGAGAACUUGGUAUUCUACAUGAUGGCGAUUUGGAGAAGGGUCGGAGACGAAGCUCUGGAGGUCGGACUAGGCAGCCCAUCGAUAUUAGUAGUGAUGAGGAAGAGAACAACACCAAUGUUAAG